AUGGAAUAUGCGAGAUUUCUGUGGGGUACCCUCGAUCUGCACGCAUUGUCCCCAGACGAUCGCUAUUGUUGUGUCGACGACCGGGGAAAUUUGCCGCCGGUGUUUUCAUCGGCGGUCAUUGUCCCGUCUGCAGGUGUCGAGGACGUUCCAGGCCAGACGCUGCCGGUCUGGGAAUUGCUGCUUCCCGAACGGGGAUCUUGGAUCUGUGGACGAAUCGGAGAAUCGCCCCGAUGCUGGUCUGCCCGCCGCUUUUCAAUGUGCUCACUGCUCCGUCCCUAUGCAAAGCCCCCCCACGGACGGCACAUGGGGCUACAAAUUGGGUAA